AUGGCUGACACCAUAGCUAGUCCCGUUCACCGUGCCGACAUUGUCCAAACCAAACCUGGGUUCCACUAUGGUGGCUCGGAAGAAGAUUCAGAGAACAACGCGCCUAUCCGAGAUGUCUCCGGUGACAUUCUCGAUGACGGCCUCCGUCGUGGUUUAAAGGGACGGCAUUUUGUCAUCAUCGCCCUUGGGAGUAUUAUCGGGCCCGGCACGUACUGGGGCAUCGGCUAUGCCAUUUUUCUCUCCGGUCCUCUCGGGGCACUCCUAGGUUUCCUCGUGGUCGGUAUUUCAAUGUGGUUUUUGAUGCAGAGCGUGGGAGAGAUGACGACGCUUUUCCCCAUCCACGGAGGCUUCGUCGAACAUGCAGGGCGCUUCGUGGACCCAGCACUGAGCUUCUCUAUGUCCUGGCUCUACUAUCUUAUGUGGAGCGUUUUCCUUGCGUCUGACUGGAACUCCGCCAUUCUAACCUUAAGGUUCUGGGUUUCCGACGAACAGGUGCCAUCUUGGGCAUGGACAAUCAUCUUUUUCGUCGUUUUUACGGUGAUGACCCUGCUGGGCGUUCGUGUGUACGGCGAGAUUGAGUAUUACUUUGGAAUGUUCAAAUUCGGAUCCCUGAUCUUGUUGUUCAUCCUCUCCAUAGUGUCCAAUGCUGGUGGAUUCGGUGGCGGCUAUACUGGGUUCAAAUAUUGGAAAAUGCCCACAGGUCCUAUUAUAAAUGGAAUCGAUGGCUUUGGCCAGGUUUUCGUACUGGCUGCAGCAUACUACGUUGGAACUGAGAUCAUAUCUCUCGCUGGUGGCGAGUCGAAGAACCCGAAAAGGGAUGUGCCAAGGGCAAUCAACUCAAUCGUCUAUCGUAUCCUCGUGGUUUAUAUCGGAAUGCCGCUCUUCCAAGGCUUGAUCUGUCCAUCUGAUUCACCGGACUUGCUGAGCGCGAGCUCCAAGACUGCAUCCAGUCCCUUUACAAUAGGAUUCGUCAAAGACGGCUGGAAGUCCGCAGGUCAUUUCGUGAAUGUACUCAUUCUGGUCGCCUUCGUAUCGGCAGCGAACGGAGUGGUGUAUGUGCAGUCGCGCACCGUUUACUCUUUAGCACUUACGAAUAGAGCUCCAAAGAUUUUUUCAAAGACCACUUCUAGAGGAGUACCAUGGGUCGCCAUCGUCACUUCCAAUUUCUGGGGCUUCUUAUGCCUCAUGAAUCGAACACUCACAGCCGGCCAAGUUUUCAGCUACAUGACAAGCGUCGGUGGCACGUCUGCUUACAUUGCCUGGGCCAGCAUCAUCUUCACACACUUGCGAGUCCGAGCGGCUGCAAAAAGGCAGGGUGUUGAACUCAAGACGUUUCCGUAUCGAGCGUGGGGUAGUAUCUGGAUUUAUCGAGCUAACUUUGCCUUUAACGUCUUCAUCCUGUUUAUCCAAGGGUACACUGUUUUCAAGCACCCCUUCGAUUGGCGCAACUUUAUCGCCUGUUAUAUCACGAUUCCGACGUUUCUGUUAAUGUUUGUCGGGUACAAACUGUGGUUUAAAACAACAUGGGUUACACUCGAAAAGGUAGACUUCUCGGAUCGGAGAGAAUGGGUGGCCCAAGUAUCCGAUGCAAACGUUCAACGGUCACUAAAGAGAAGGGCACUCAAUCUUGUGAAAGAUUAG